AUUUGAAACAUGCAGUGACAGACCGCCGUGAUAAGGAUCUGUGUAGCUAGAGAGGGUUAGAGAGGGAGAGGUCGUUAGAAAAGGUUGAAUAGCCACGAAGAAAGAGUGGAAUUUCUGAGAGACAAAAAGACGACACUCAGGACGGGGAAAGUAACGGAACUCCAGCAAAUAGGAAAUAAAAGCGCAAAGACAGGGAGAGACCUUUACUAAAUCCAGAUAAUAAAUUUCACGAGCAUCCAAACAAUAGAAAGAGUAUAGAACUAUUUUGAAACAUUUGAAUUAUUGUGCAAACCAGUCUGAAACAUGGAUCGCAAAAUUCCAAAUUUCGCCGGAACCUGGAAAAUGAAAAGUUCUGAGAACUUCGAUGAACUUCUGAAAGCACUGGGGGUGAACAUGAUGCUGAGGAAGAUCGCAGUGGCGGCCGCCUCCAAACCCUCGGUGGAGAUCACGCAGGACGGGGAGACCAUGUCCAUACGCACCUCCACCUCCAUCCGCACCACCAACGUCUCCUUCACCGUGGGGGAGCCCUUCAACGAAGCCACCGUGGAUGGCCGUCCCUGCACGAGUUACCCCUGCUGGGAGACGGAGAACAAGAUCACCUGUGAGCAGGUGCUGCAGAAGGGGGAAGGCCCCAAGACCGCAUGGACACGGGAGAUAACCAAUGACGGCGAGCUCAUCCUGACGAUGAGCGCCAACGAUGUGGUAUGCACCCGGGUCUACUUACGGGAGUGAGCCGCCGAAGAGUCCCCCCGUCCCCUCUUCUCCUUCUCUUCCAGUCACUUCUCCUGGUUUUCGACUGCCCGCUAUUGGAUAUUCUUAAGUGUGUCGGCCAGUCGGCAAGAUGGCGUUUCAGAGUGUCAGUCCGUUUCUUUUGUGUAAAACAGAGUGUUAGUCUUUGUGUGUAAAUGAUAGGCAGUCAGCAUUUCAGUCAAGCGCUGUGUCAGUGCUGUGGUGAGUGUGUUGUUAGUUCUGUUCUGCGUAAGAGCUCUUCUUCAGUGCGCCUGUCGGUUAGCCUUCGUGUCAGUGUCUCUGUGUUCUGCCCUUUUGAAAGUUGUAUAUUUAUACCAUACUAGAGUAUGGUUUCUACUUUGUGUUUCUUUUAUAUAAAAUGUGGUCUUAGAAGAUAAGUUCCAUGUGAAAACAAUAAAGUGCGAUACAAAUUGUC